GGCUGGAGUUGGGCCUCAAAUUAAGCCCCUAUUUAUUACAAACCGGCUUGCAAAAUGAAAUUUGAGGGCUCAAUUUUGCAGGCCCGGCUGGAGAUGCUCUAAAUACGUGUGCUCAGUACUCUAGAAUUUGCCGACGAUUUCUUCAACUGGGCCGAAAGAUUAGGUGGGCUGAAGGGAAUCAGAUCGUCUGACUUUUGGGGCAGGGACGUCACUGUACAGUCAUGCGAUAUCUACCGUCAACCUCAGAUCCUGCGGUGCCUCCCGUGCUGGCUCGCUCAAGCAGCUCUCCUGUCGGCUGCCUGUUUCUCGCGGCUCCCGUUCCUUGCGGCUGGCUUAUUCUGCUGCUGGCUCCCAGCCUCCCACGAUGGAACACAGGACACAUUCGCGACGCUGGGCCUCGGCCCAACAUGAGGACCCGCACUCCUCAUUUUUUUACCGCGAACACAGCGCCUUUUGGCGGCACACCUCGCGUUUUGGCGCGAGGAAGAACCGUCGGCGGCGGCGUACCUCCAGGACGAGCAGUGGGCGGCGGCGAUCGUACUGGUUGGAUCAUCCAUCGAUCACAAACUGUGUUAGAAUUCAUCGAAGAAGCGUGGAGCCAAGUAAAUUCUGCAUAUUUGAUAUGGAAGAAAAUAGUGUGGGUGUGCUGCCCAGUUUGUUACCUGAAAUUGGCAUGGAGUUCAAUACUAUUGAUGAGGCUUGGAUGUUUUGGAUUUGCUAUGGAGGCCAAAAAGGAUUUGAAGUUAGAAAAAGGUACACAAACAAAAGAAAAUCUGAUGGGAAGGUUAGCUCCUGCAGAUAUGUUUGUGCAAAUGAGGGUCAUAGAAAGAAGAUAAAAGGGAUCAUCUAACAAAAUGUCCAAGAGCUGAAACUAGAACCGAUUGCCGAGUUCGCAUGGGUCUUAUACUAGAUCAAGAGAAGGGAAAAUAUAAAGUGGCUGAUCUAGUGUUGGAGCACAAUCACAUCCUUCAGUUGCCAGAAACCUCGCACUUGAUGGUGUCUCAAAGGAAAAUUUUAGAGUUACAGGGUUUCGAAAUUGAGACAGCCGAUGAUGCGGGAAUUGGGCCAAAAGCAGCACAUGAGUUGGCUAGUAUCCAAGUUGGUGGCUCACUUAAUCUCAGUUACACUCUCCGUGACCACAAGAAUUAUUUACGAGGCAAGCGUCAACGAGAGAUGGCAUAUGGUCAGGCAGGAAGCAUGCUCAUGUAUUUUCAAGACAAAAUUGCCGAGAACCCGUCAUUCCAAUAUGCAUUGAAGAUGGACCGGGAGGAACAAAUAGCAAACAUAUUUUGGGUUGAUGCCAAAAUGAUCACUGACUAUGCAUAUUUUGGUGAUUUUGUCAGUUUUGACACUACUUUUGGAACAAACAAGGAAAGCAGGCCUUUUGGUGUAUUUGUUGGGUUCAAUCAGUUCAGGGAAACAGUCGUUUUUGGUGUUGUUCUCAUGUACGAUGAGACAUUUGAGUCCUUCAAGUGGUUAUUUGCGACCUUUUUAAAAGCACAUAAUGGCAAGCAACCUAAAACAAUAUAUACUAAUCAAGAUGCUGCAAUGGGAAAAGCAGUUAAGGAAGUGUUUUCAGAAGCAUGGCAUGGUUUGUGCACUUUUCAUAUUAUGCAGAAUGUUGUCAAACAUCUAUCUGAAGCCGAUGAUGAAGAAUCUAGUACUUCUCCCAAGCAGACAACCGAAGACAAUGAGAAAGAAUCAAGUAUUCUUGCAGAUUUUAGUGCAUGUAUGUUCGAGUACGAAGAUGAGGAAACAUUUGAGCAAGCAUUUAAUGCCAUAAGGGCAAAGGCGAGCAAGCAAAGUUGGUUGGAUAGUAUAUACAAGGUGAAGGAAAAAUGGGCUGAGUGUUACCUGAAGGAUGUGUUCACAUUAGGUAUGAGAAGUACACAAUUGAGUGAGAGUCUAAAUAGUGAGCUGGAGAGGCAUUUCAAAUCUGAUUUUGAUAUCAUUCGAUUUCUUAAGCAUUUUGAAAGGGUGGUGGAAGAUAAGCGGAAAAAAAGAGCUAGAUGCUGAAUUUGAAUCAAGGAAGAAAAUACCCAGAAUCAAAAUGAGGACACCUAUGCUAAUCCAAAUUAGCAAUCUGUACACACCAAUUAUAUUUGAAGCUUUUCAAGGUGAAUAUGAAAGGUCCAUGGUAGCAUGCACCACGGCAUUGGACGGCAACAAUUGCUAUCUUAUGGCAAUUGGCAGUCUUGAAGAAAAUUUUACCUUUGAGAAGGAGUACAAAGCCUUUGGUGAUCCUUUAGAGCAAACUAGUACAUGCAGCUGUGGGCUAUUCGGUAGAACUGGAAUUUUGUGUGGCCAUGCUUUAAAAGUCCUUGAUAUGAUGAAAUAUCAGAACCAUACAUGGAAGACACUGCAGUGGUGCAAAAUAUUUAUCCUAAUACUUCUUUGCCCAUGGAAGAAAUAUCAGAACCAUACAUGGCCAUCAAUACCUUCUCUCAGAUGUUGACGGAGGCAAUCACAGAUGAUGUUAUUGCUGAUUUCUAGUAGUAUGGUCCUUUCAUGCAAUCUGAAUGUAGGUGAGAAUCAAGGGCACAAGAGGCUGUCUUUGCUUCCAUACAGUUUUCGUUGCCCCUUGCGGCCUUUCUGCCAAACCAGUCUUGAGCUAACACCUUCAUUCCACUCCUCUUUGUCUGAAUUUUUAUCAGAAUGGCAGACAGGUUGGUUCAGAGAUUUUGCAGUCGUCUACUUGUUUAGAGUUGUCUCCACUACUUGUUCAGAGAUUUUGCAGUCCUCUCUUGUAAAGAAAGAAAGAUAUGGAGCUCAAAAUUAGAUGGGGCAAUUUGUUCCGGCAGCAUGGCAUGUUAUCUGAGUGCAAAAUGUCUUUUGGAGAAAAGAUUGUUUAGGAAAUAGCUAUGGGAAUUGCAUCUGUAAAUAAACAGACCAUUUUGUGCAUCUCUGAACUUGCAACAAUCAGCAUUACUUUUUAUUCAAUUCCAAGAAAAUUUACAACACAAUGUCAA